AUGGUGCAGCGAAAACUCUACGCCGACACCCCCUACGCAAAAACGGGCCCAUUCCGCAACCGUGGCCUCGGAUAUGUCGAUGUGGAAUUUCCAAGCGAACACGAUCUGGACGCCCAUCUACGCGACAUGCGCGUGUUCAUCCAAGCCAAUCUCCCACCGCCCGGCCACGUCAAACCCGAGUAUCCAGAAGCAGCGCCACAACCUGGCAGU